AUGCAGCGCCAGCAUCCAGGAAUACUUUUGGAUGCACACCGAGUGUGGAAUCUAGAUGAGACUGCAGUGGAGUGUACUCUUGGAAAAUGGCACAAAGCGUUUACAUCCAGCGAAACCAAGAACGGAGGACAUCGAGGCGUCAAGUCAACAUACGGAGCAAGUAAGCACAUAACAGCAGUAAUUGCUGCUUCCGUGGGAGGCGUAUUGACUCCUCCUUUCUUUAUCGUCUCAGGAAAGCGCAAAAAUUCGGACUGGUACUCGCCUGUGACUGGCAGCUUGUCGAACACUCCCAACGGUAUUAUAAGACCUUAUACUGAACCAAACUGGUUUCCUAACGAUGGAUGCAUUAAGGUGACUCAGAAUGGAUCCAUGGAGGGCCCUGUGCUGGCGGCCUUUGUUGAACAUGUCCAGUACACUGCAGCCGAGAACCAUGAAAAAGGCCAGUCUUUUCUGCUUUUUCUUGAUGGCCAUUCGUCUCGAAAACACCCGGCUUCGAUAGAUUUUUGUUCUCAAAACAAUAUGGAGGCUGUCAUUAACACCGCCAACACCUCUCAUAUUCUCCAGCCUAGUGAUCAACCGAUCAACAAGCGAUUCCAUGAGCUCAUGCGAGAAGUGAGAGAUGAGUUCUAUCGCCAAGGCAAUGUCGACGCGACAAAGGUGAAUUUCAACCUGGUGUGCGCUGUAUAUGCGUGA